ACGAAGAAGCUGCAUCGUGCGUGUUAGGCGUUUUUACCUUCCCGUGGUAUUGGCACUCGCAAUCAUGGAGGACGCCUCCGCUUCUGCAGUUCCAGGCUUUCUCUCCAAGCUAUGGUCAAUAGUCGACGACACCGUCUUGGACGAUGUUAUUCGCUGGAGCGAGAAUGGUGAAAGCUUUUGCAUUGUAAAUGAACCAAUGUUUGCCAAAAAGGUGCUUCCAAAAUUCUUCAAACAUAGCAAUAUAGCCAGCUUCACACGGCAGCUCAAUAUCUAUGGUUUCCGAAAGGUGAUUAAAUUGAAGAAGGCAAAGACUGGCUCAAAGGCAAAAUCUAUGGAAUUUCAACAUCCACACUUCAAAAAGGGCGGAGAAAGCUUUCUAGAAAACAUCAAGCGCAAAGGGACCGCAGUGAAGUUGGAGGAUGUGGGAAUCUACUCACAUGAUGAUUUGCAGAGAAUGAUGAUUGAAGUUCAACAGAUGAAAGCCAAACAAACCAACAUGAAUGUCAUGUUUGCCAAACAGAAAAGGCAAUAUGCAGCACUUCGGCUUGAAAUGAAAAAUCUGAGACGGAAGUAUGGUGAGCAACAGCAGAUGUUGACACAGAUUCUUCAGUUUAUCUGGAGUGUGAUAAGUGAGACUCCCACAGUAAACACAAAUAAACAAAGGUCAUUACCAGCCAUAUCUGAAGCUUUGCCUUUCAAAUCUGUUAAUCAACAUUUCCAUAUUCCAGAAGAGAAGAAGAAAGAAGCUAUGGAGAUAUUAAAAGAUGGUUAUGCCAUUAUUGAAGACAAAUAUAAAAAUCUCCUUGACAGUUAUUUACCUACUUUGAAAGAUGAAUGCAAAAUCUUAGCUUCAUCUGUGGACCAAGAUAAUGGAGAUUGUGGAGAAGAUUCUAAAAUGUCAAGCCAAGAUGUGCCUCAGUGUGAGGAUUCAGAUAUACCUGAUUUGAGUUUGGCCAUACCAGAUUUACAAGAACUAAUGGCUGUGGAAUCCUUGGGAGAAGAAACUAAAGAUAUUUCUUUGGAUAUACAGUCUUUCCUUUCUCAGGACAUUGAUUUAAUCUUGACUGAAGAUAAAUCAGAUAUUCCGUGUGAUAUUAUGGAGAACAGAGAUGAAAUGCACUACAUCAGUGGAGAUUUGAUGGAACCGCAGUCACCUCUGUCUAAGAAGAAUAUGAAUUACAGCUCCGAUAACACCAGUGAGCCAAUCAAUUCUGAACUUCAAAAUCUGAUGACAAUUGAAAAUGAAACUUUACUCGAUGUGCAUGUUAUGGCAGAAACAGAUAGUCUAAGUUUAAUGAAAACUGAAGGAGAAAUGAGUCUACUUGAUGCCGAUGGAACAGAAGAUGAGACUCUGAUGAAUUACUUUGUAGAACUUCAAGAUUCUAGUGACCUCACUUUGGAUGAUCUGAAGAACCCAUCAAAUAUCUUACCAGAUUUAUGUGACAAUGAUUAUGUGUCCUUGAAUAUUCCUUCUCAACAAUAUGUUGUAAAUCCUGUUGAAGACAUUAUGCCCGAGUUAUGUAUGGAAACCGAUGAAGAGUUCAAGCUUCCUCUUUAGUAUCUCUUUUCCCAGUUUUGUUGAAAAAUCCUCUAAAGUUGACCCUUCUACUUGAAUUUAGUUUGA